GCGUCGAGCGGUUUCGGUUCAGGUUCCGGAGGCGCCUCUGAUCCUGUCGCACGGUUUUGUACGCGAUUGCGGAAGGACCAUUGAACGUAGCCUUUGUCGUUUCCCUCCUGAAGCCGUUGUGCACGCUGUGUGAUGACUGCUACGUGAGCAUGGAAACUUUUAUCGUGUGCCCGUCAGCGACCCAUGUGUGUCCCGCUGGUAUGUGUUGAGAUCUCGAUGCACCACCUUGGCUCAUCAACUCACCGUAGGAGUGCCGAGUCGCCGCCGACUGCUGCUUGUGCUUGCUUGCCGCUGACGACGGGCGUCCUGCAUUUUCCUGCGAAUUUCUACAUCUGUGAUCUUCACAUUUUCUGCAUCCAAUGUGCCCACUGCAAAUGGAGGGCUCGGAGCGCAGCGACAAAUUUGUGUCCUUGAUUGUGGUAUAAUCUGCGUGCCUUGCAGCGGAUCGAUCAAUCGAGCGCGAUUAUGGAGAAACCACCUGUUAACGAGGCACCUAUUCUCCAUGUCGUCGUCGUUGGAUUUCACCACAUCAAGGGGUACCAGCUGGAGUAUGCAUAUCCUCCAAUACUUGGAAGAGGGGAAACAGAGGCUCAGGAGAAUCAAGAUCUUCCCGAACCAUGGAAGCAUCUUCCAUCCCUUGCAUUGCCUGAUGGUGCCCAUAAUUAUGAAGAAGACACUGUAUAUUUUCACUUGCCAGCAUUGGACAACCCAAAGCAAACUGUUUUCGGAAUAUCAUGCUAUCGACAGAUCAACGCAGAGAUGCUACUGCGUCGGGGCUCAGACGUGACGCGCAGCUCUGUACAGAAGAGUGUGUGUGUGCUGAGCCGAUUGCCGCUGUACGGAGUUAUACAGGCCAAGUUGCAGCUGGUAACUCAUGCCUACUUUGAAGAGCGAGACUUUAGCCAGGUGGCACUCCUCAAGGAAACAUACCAAAACUUAAAUGCCCUGCUCUCGUCCGACAUGAUGCAUGGGGGACAGCCCUACCUGGGACUGUCCUCACGUGACCUGAUUUUGCAUUUCAAGCACAAGGCAGUUCUGCUCUUCAAGCUGCUCCUUUUGGAACGUAAGGUGCUCUUUUACAAGACGCCUGUCAAAGAUCUCUGCUCCACUAUUCUCACUCUCUGUUCUCUGUUUCCUGGCAUGUUGGAGCAAGGUCUGGAGGAAUGCGCCUGCACAGCUGGUCUGCGGCAACUGAACUCUGAACUGCGUCCCGAGGAACAUGAUUUCCUUGAGGUCCACUUGAGCCACUCACCUAGCGAGCUGAAGCAGAGCCUGGACACGCUUGCCUCGGAGAAGAACAGGGAAAAAGAUUCCAGCUCAGAAGAUCCAGUGAGAGAAGAGGAAGUGCACUCGCCCGAAGACUUGAGUCUGCUGUCCAAGACAAUCCGGAACUCAGAGUCUAAAAGCCUGGCCAAGCGAGCUGAGUCAUUUGAAACUGCGACAGACGAUGUUAAGCCGGUUCCUGUCAGCCGAAAAGAUUCCGAUGAGAAGAAAGAGAAGACUGAAGCACCACGGCUCUCCCUGGGUUCUGUUGGCAAAGAGUUCAUCAGCAAGAUUCUACCAGUGAGCCUUGGAGACAUCCCAUACCUAAAUAGGGUCACCGAUGAUGCUGUGUUUGAAGAAGAGGACAAACUUGUCUCUGAAAUAGAUGAGCUCCUAGACUCAGAUCCCAAAGAAAAGACCGAAAUGAGGUCUAAGUUGGAAUUUGUAGAAAGGGAGGACUGUGACACGAUGAAAUCGCCUACAACACCUGUUGCCAGCAAAGAGACUGCCAGCUUUCUUGGCAAUCGAGGAUUCAUUUGGAGCAAGCUGCCAUCUGCCAUCUACAGUCUCACAUCCAGAGAUUCACCAUCUAGUGUCACAAAGGGUAGUGCGCCUGGAGCAGGCGACGACAGUGAUUUUGCCAGUGAGUUGGAUGAGUCAACAACACCAUGUGAAGAUGGCUCAGGUUUGGUGACCCUCAACUUUGCUGGUGAAGGAGGUGAAUUGGGCAAUGUCUCGGGCUUGACUAGUCGGGACCAGGAUGACCUGCUGCUUCUGCAGAGCAUUCCCAAGGUCAUAGCCCUGCCAAAUGAAGAUUGUGGCCUGCCACUUUGCAUCUUCUCAAAGGGUUCGUUAUGCUUGCCAUAUGUAUCUCUGCCUACUAUAGACCUACUCAGUGACAUCAGCAUACGAAGCUGUGUUGUGGGAGCAACAAAUGACCUGUUCAAGCAAAAAAAGCACCUUUUUGAUGUCAUUGUUGAGGUAGAUGAAUGCAAAAUCACGAUCUUAGACAAUGACCUUCGGCGACAGCUCUACCUCACCAUGGAAGACCUUCGUUUUGCUGACUACUUAGUGAAGAAUGUCCUUGAUGACUCACGGGACCUUUUCCUUGAUGGCACAUGUUGGCAAGGAGGUGAGGAAUGGCUAAGGUCGGAGUUUAAGGUGUACCUAGUAAGUCUGCUGAAGACAGCUCAGUUAGAAGAUGCUGUCAGUGGUAAGGGCCAGGAGGCAUUCAAUACCGCCUUCCUCAGUGCCUGGAAGACGACGCACAACUUCAAGAUGUGGAACAGUGUGGAGCACCCUUGUCUUGUAGAUAUUCCCUCAGGUCAUUACUACAAGGGCCAGCUGACUGUUGCUGACAUGAAGUUGCGGAUUUCUCACUCCAUCCAAAGUUCGGAAAGGGGCCGCAAACUCAACCAGGCCGUGGUGUCUACAGGGAGAGCCAUGGCACAGACAACAGGCAAGGUUGUUGGUGGUGCUUUGACAUCUGCAAAAUCAGUUGUCUCAUCUCUGUGGUCCCACUUCAGCCCACCAACGCCUUCCUCGUCUACCGAAUCGGUUCCUCCGACGUUGCCCAAAGAAGAGAGUGUCGAAACAGUGUCAAGCCCCAAGGAAUGACUGAUUUGCACCUUGCACUCUUUUCUGCACUGGAGAUAUUUAUUUUAAGACAAUAGCUGAGCUUUAAUCGAAUGCAUGCCAUACACUUGUGGCCCUCAUGUCUACACUCGUAGCCAAGCUGCUCCUGCUUUGUUUUUCUUUUUAAAGUUAUUUGCACCUCUGUGGUACAUACAUGCGUUUACCUCGACAGAGGUUGGGCAGUGAAAAAAAAGAAAGCUGUGGCAGCAUGGAAGACAGUCAUGUAUCCUAUACUCUCGUACUUUGCAUCUGUGCGGUGUAUGCCACAAGAUCUGAGUCUUUGUCGACUCAGAUUUUGUCGACGCAAUGUUGUCUCUGUGUUGAUAGGCUGGUCUACUAACAUGCAAAAUGAUGCUCUUUGUGUUUUCUUUUUAAUUUCUUUUUAUUCGUGUAUAUAUUUUUGUAAAGGUUGAGAGGUUAAACUGCAGUAGCUCCUAUAGGGGAAAGCAGGCUGUCAGUUGCAUUAUGCUUGUGUUUAUAUCAAUGUCUUGUGCAUUGCUGGCGUUCUUCAGCUUGUGUUACGUUUGUUGAUGAUGCUGUAACUGACUUUUGGUACAGUAUCAUGAAAAAUUAUACAUGGCCCCAUCUAUGAGUCAUGCUAAAGUCUGUUGGUGACUAAAAAAAGAAAGAAAUGCAUGUGUAGCAAAUUUUGUUUUUCUGUAAUGUCCCAUUUGGUGAUUACUGUAAUAGAUUUUUAUUCACAAACUCCACAUUUAGCGUUUUUCAGCCUAAUCCUAAAAUUCACAAAUAUUUGUGACGCAAAAUUUUUCAAAAAGAAAUGGACCAGGGCCCAUAUUUUGUCACAGUUCAUUUCUUUUUUUUUGGGGGGGGGGGCUAUGGUGGCACUUUAGGACAAGUUGAAAAACUAACACUCACAUUAUGUGACAUGUGUGCAUAAGUUUACUAAUUUUCAUUUCAUUGUAGAUCACAAGUAUUAUAGGAAUAAUGAGUUUGCAGAAUGAAUCACGAGUAAUGAAAUCACUAAUGAGAGACUCAACAAGGAGAGCUGAUGAUGUAGAGGUCAUGGCUGUUGGCUUUUUUUUUAAUGCCUUGCUUUCAGAGUAAAGUCUUUGCCAAAAUUCUGGAAGCCACAUGAAAAAUGACAAGAUUCAGGAAAAGAAAGAGCAGUGUGCCUUUCAAAAGCUGUGAGGCUUUAGAGCAACAAAAGUUCUGCAGAGACCCCAAUGCACAGAUUGCCAGCAAGUUUAAUCAUUUUGUCAGUGGCUUUGAGAAAUUUGGCAAAAACUCCUUAUUUACAUUGACAAUAUUUUUUAACAAGAAGCUUUAGCUUGGUGCCAACUUCUGUUUUCUUAUUCAAGUGCAUGUGAAACAGAAAUUCACUUAUUGGACAAAUUGUAGACAGAGUUCAGUGAAAUAUUCAAAUAUUCAAAGUUUCUCAUUGUUAGUCUUAGAAUUUUUAUUUAGACCUUUAUUUAUCUCAUGAAAGUUGGCUGACAAAAAAAAAAAAAAUAGGAAAUACAAAA